GAGAAGAAGAAGAACAUAGGUUAUGAAAACACGAGCCGCUCCAAAAUGUUGAGAAAAUCACUUACUAACCUGCCCCGUUUUGGCCAGAUGUGCGGUCUGCCGCGACGCCUGCAGAGCACACAACCGGAGCAAGCGGCGGAAACGGAGCCGGAGGACAUCGCCCUGGUGGAGCAGCGUAUACUGAAGCAUCCGGACUACUUCCAGGUGCACAACCUCUUCACCGUGCGCGACCUCUUCAACGCCCGCGUGCACUAUGGCCACAAGGAGGGCUCCCUGGACGACCGGAUGCGUCCAUACUUGUUCGGCAGUCGACUGGGCCACCUGAUCUUCGAUCUGGACAAGACGGCGUCGCACCUGCGUGAUGCCCUCAAUUUUGCCGCCCACAUUGCCUUCCGCGAUGGCAUCAUCCUGUUCUUCAAUCGCAACGCCAUGAACUCUCAUCUUGUGGAGCAAAAGGCCCAGGAGGCCGGGGAGUUUUCGCACACUCGCUUCUGGCGCGGCGGCAUCUUCACCAAUGCCAAUGUGCAAUUUGAUGCGGUCACACGGCUGCCUGAUCUCUGCAUCUUCCUGAACACACAGAACAAUGUGAUGUCCCAGCACACGGCAGUGCGUGAUGCCGCCAAGAUGGCCAUUCCCACGAUCGGCAUUGUGGACAGCAACUGCAAUCCCAAUUUGAUCACCUACCCGGUGCCCGGCAACGAUGACUCCCCGGCAGCGGUGGAGCUGUACUGUAACCUCUUCAAGGAGGCCAUUCUGCGGGGCAAGCGGGAGCGACGCCAAAUCCUUGGCCUUCCGCCCCUGGACGAAACCCAGCCGCGACGCAGUCGCAAGCAAAAGAAAUAGUUUUAAGAGUGUCAAGUUGAUGUUGUUACAUUUAUCUGAAUACAAAUACCGAUGUACGUCGACCCACAAUGAA